AUGUCAAAGGGUGACAAACUGUCCAAAAACAAAAAUUCUAAAAAUGGGGGGAAGAUGUCUGAUAUGGAAAGCAAGCCUUAUGCUAGGUUGAUUGGUAGCCUAAUGUAUGCACAGGUCUGCACUAGACCUGAUUUAUCAUUUGCAGUUGGAAUUUUAUCUAGGUUUCAGUCUAAUCCUAGUCAUGAACACUGGGUUGCAGGAAAAAAAGUACUUAGAUAUUUGCAAAAAACUAAAUCUCACAUGUUGGUUUACAGACAAGUUAAGAAGCUUGAACUAGUUGGCUAUACUGAUUCAGAUUUUGCAGGUCAUUAUCCAGAUUCUAAAAAGUUUACAUCUGGUUAUGUCUUCAUGCUUGCAGGAGGGACUGUUGCAUGGAAAACCAUGAAACAGUCAUUGAUUUCAACCUCCACCAUGCAGGCUGAAUUCAUAGCUAUUUAUGAAGGAGUCUGUGAAGGCUUGUGGAUCAAAAAUUUUUUAAUGCAUACUAAAGUGUUAAGUUCAAUUGUUUCAGAUGCAUUGAAAAUAUGUUGUGAUAAUGAGGCUGCAGUAUUUUUUGGUAAAAACUGUAAAAGCUCCAACAAAUCUAAACACAUAGACUUAAAAUUCUAUAGUGUUAGAGAAAGAGUGAAGCAUGGUGAGAUAAAUGUUUUGAACAUCAAUACCAAGUCACAGCUUGCAGACCCUUUCACUAAAGCAUUGUCAAUUACAAGUUUUCAGAAGCAUACCAAGAACAUGAGAAUUCUAUCUGAUUUGGAGGCUUGA